AUGGCGUCUGUACCGAUCGUCGUUAAACAUUCUGGCAAAAAGUACGAUGUCGAGGUGGAUACAGAAUCGACGGGCGAGAUCUUCAAGUAUCAGCUGUACAGUCUGACCGGAGUCGAACCCGAUCGCCAGAAGGUCCUGAUGAAGGGCGGCCCCCUCAAGGAUGACGCCGACAUGAGCAAGUUUGGCCUCAAGUCAGGCCAGACAAUCAUGAUGAUGGGUACACCAGGUGGAGAUGGCGCUGCUGCUCUGGCACGACCUACCGAAAAAAUCAAGUUCGUCGAGGACAUGACCGAAGCCGAGGCCGCCCAGCAAGAGGGCGCCACGCCCGCUGGUCUCACGAACUUGGGCAACACCUGCUAUCUUAACUCGACAUUACAGGCUCUUCGUGCUAUUCCCGAGCUGCAGAACGCCCUGACGAAAUACGAACCUCACAGCGGGAGCGCUGGUACCACUUUGCCACAGCUUGAUCUCACAAGACAACUCCGCGACCUCUACAAAUACAUGUCUGAAACCCAGAAUGCCUUUGUUCCCCACGCCUUCUUAACUGCUCUGCGCCAGGCCUUCCCCCAGUUUUCUGAGCGAUCUCGAAGCGGCCCUGGAUAUGCCCAACAGGAUGCCGAGGAGGCUUGGUCGCAGAUUGUCGCCCAGGUGCGACAGAAGCUCAAGGUCAAGAAUGACCCCGAGGCCCAGGAAUCUUCAUUUAUCGACAACUACAUGGCAGGAGAGUUCUCUUCGGUUCUCGAGUGUGACGAUGCAUCAGCUCGCGAGGCUGGUGAGCAACCAGUGAACACCAAGGACGCUUUCCUGAAGCUCAACUGCCAUAUCGACGGCGCAACGAAUCAUUUGACGGACGGCAUCAAGAAUGGCUUGAUCGAGCAGAUUGAGAAGAGGUCCGACGUGCUGGACAGAGAGACAACAUAUACCCGUACUUCCAAGAUAUCCCGGCUCCCGAAGUACCUAACUGUGCACUUUGUGCGCUUCUACUGGAAACGAGAGACCCAGAAAAAGGCCAAGAUCAUGCGUAAGGUCACGUUCCCCCAUGAGCUGGACGUUGUGGAGUUCUGCACAGAAGAUCUCAAGAAGAUGCUCGUUCCUGUUCGCGACAAGGUGCGAGAGAUCAGGAAGGAUGAGGAGGACAUUGAGCGCUCUCGCAAGCGACGCAAGCGCAACAACGAGGGUGCUCUGGAGGAUGUAGCAGGGGGCAGUGCCGCGAAGCUGGAGAAGAAAGAUGGAAAGCGAGAUGCCGAAAAGGAAAAGAAGGAUGACAAGAAGGCGGGUAAGUCGGCAGACGGUGAUACCGAGAUGGUCGGUGCCGAGACCUACAAGACCGAUGCAGAGAUCGACGCCGAGAAGGAUGCCGCGCUCCUGACAGCGAAGAAGGAACUGAACGCCCUGAUUCAUCCCGAUCUGGCCAAGCAAGACGGCGCAAACCAGUCCGGCCUAUACGAGCUGCGCGGGGUUGUCACACAUCAAGGCGCAAGUGCCGACAGUGGUCACUACACGGCGUACGUCAAGAAGGAGGUGCCAAUCGAUCCGAAGACGGGCCAGAAGCGGGACGAGGAGGAGAAGUGGUGGUGGUUCAACGACGACCGCGUCUCCGAGGUGUCCGCCGACAAAAUCGAGGCGCUGGCGGGUGGUGGCGAGUCACAUUCGGCCCUCAUUCUCUUGUACAAGGCCGUUCCACUUCCCUCGGCUGAUGGAAUCGUGGACUAA